AUGCCUCCAGGGGCCCUCCAAGGGCGGCAGCGCACCUUGGGGUCCUUCCCAGAUGCGGCAGGACCCUUAGGGGCCCUUCAGGGCGGCAGCACUCCUAAGGGGCCCUCCCAAGGGCGGUGCGCCCUUAUGACGCCCUCCCAAGGGCGGCGGCACCUCCCGGGUCCCCUCCUGGGGCGUCAGCCGCGCUUCCCUGGCCUCCCAGAUACAGUGGCGCUCACAAGGGCCCUCCCAUGGACGGCGGAGCCCCAGGGCUUUCCCAGAUACAACGGCGUUUACAUGAGCCCUCCACAGACGGCGACGUCCCCCGGGGCUCUCUCAGGGGCAGUGGCGCUCCCCAGCGGCCCUCCCAGGGACGACAGCGACCAGGGCACUCCCAGGGAAGGUUGCCAACCCAGGGAUUCUCGCCAAGAGUCGCCCUCCCAGGCCCUCCCAGGGACGGUGGCGCUCCCAGGGGCCGUGCCAGGGGCGGAGGUGGUCACAGGGACCCUUGCAGGGGCGAUGGCGCUCCCAGGGGCCUCCCAGGAACGGUGGCACGCCCAGGGGCCAUGCCAGGAACAACAGUGCUCCCAGGGGCCCUCCCAGAGACGACAGCGAUCCCAGGGGCCCUUCUUUGAACGGCGGCGCCUCCUUGGGCCCUCCAGGGCACUGGCGACCCCAGGGGCUCUCCCACGGAAAACAGCGCCCCCCAGGGGCCCUACCAUGGAGGGCAUCACCUCUAAGGGACCAGCCAGGGGUGUUAGCGCACCCAGGGGACCUUCCAGGGCAGCGGUGCUUCCAGGGGCCCUUCCAGGGACAGCGUCGCUCCCAGGGUCCGUCUCAGAUGCGCUAGCACUCCCAGUGGCAAUGCCAGGGACAGGGGCGCCUUCAGGGGUGUUCCCAGGGAUAGCGCACCCCAGGUGCAUUCAAAGGGAUGAUGGUGCUCCAAGAACCGUGCCAGCACCAGUGGCGCCUUCAGGGACCCUUCCAGAGGCGGUGGUUCCCCACGGGUCUCUUUAG